CGAAGCCAUCUCUCCCGGAGGCGACUCGGUGAACUCCGAGGCAGACGGCCCAGUGAAGAGCGCAGGUGAAUGUGAGAUGAUGGUCGUGGCGACGGAGGCUGCCGGGCCGGACAGCGCCGGCGACCCGGUGAAAUGCCCGUCGGCCGAGGCCAAGGCUUGCCGCAUGGUCCCCCUCUCCAGCGCAAUGCUGCAGAAAGCCAGCUUGCACCACACCGCCUCACCCAUGAGAAUGCAGCGUGGCAAAGGGACAGCAGCCUGCUCACACCAGCCGGCCUCCGACUACGAGUUGUCCCUGGAUCUGAAAAACAAGCAGGUAUUACCCCCGGCAUCGCACACAACGCACCUGCACUACAAAAACACGGGCGGCACAAAAUAA